AUGGCAUUUUUAAUGUGGGUUCAUCGCAGAAGUGAAGAUCCAUCUUGCACAUCCAUAGAAUGCUAUUGGAGGAAAUCCAAACUUUUUAGAGUUGGGAGUACCGUUAAAUACAUAACUGCUACGGAAUUAUCUAAGGGUAGCCCUAGCAUACCAUCAGAUACCGAAGUAUUCGAAAAGUUUGUAGAAGAAGGGAAGAGAAGGUUAACCGACUGUGAAUUAAUGAAAUACCAAAAGGACUAUGCUUUUGAUAGACUUCUUAGUCUAUCAAUGGACAAUUUAGUGUUGAAAUAUAAAGAAAACUGUUGUAAUAAAUUUUUGGAUAGUGUGAUAUUUUCUGAUGCUGACAUCAACAAUGUAGAAGAAGAAACAAGGGAGCAACAUAAAAGUAAGCUUUGGUAUGGAUUAAGGUAUGGCAGAGUGACCGCUUCAAGAGCAUAUGAAUUCAGUAGGUGUAAAACCAGUGACGGCACUCUGAUGGCAGUUAUAAUGGGUGGAAAAAUUCCAGACACAACAGCUAUGAAACGUGGUAGAAUUUUGGAGGAUGAAGUGAGGAAAACUGUAAGUGCCAACCUGGAAAAGAAAAUUAGAAAAUGUGGGUUGUUCUUAUCUAAAAAUUAUCCCAUGCUAGCGGGUUCACCUGAUGGGAUCUGUGAAAAUGGUAUAAUAGAAAUUAAGUGUCCUAUGAGUCAAAAAACAGUUAAAGCAUAUGUAAAGAAUAGGAAGCCAACCCAAAAGUUUUAUGUGCAAAUGCAACUUCAAAUGUUACUAAAGGAAUAA